CUUCUUGUCGGAGAAAUGCAAUCGAUUCGUAGCAGUACAAGGUCGCUUCAGAGGAACAGUGUCUAUAUCUCCAACACUCUUUCACGUUUCACUUCGUCUUCCCCAAGCUUGUCUGAAAAUGAAUCGAGGAGGCUAGGAGGGUUUGAUUCAGCAGCGAAGUAUCUCAUUAGCUCGCUGACAAAGGCGGUUUCUUUAUCUUCCCCAGUACCCAGACAAAACUUUACGUUUGCAUCGAGAUGCUUUUCCACCGUUGGAGAUUCUAUUCAAUCUACUCCUCAAGGAUUCUCUGUGUCAGCUCCUGAUUUGCCUCCGAGAAUCAAGUUCAAGCGGCUUGAUAAAACCGCCAAACAUAUCAUGCAGGCGGUUGAGGCAGUUAGAAAUGGUAGGGAAAUACCUGAGAUAAGGCCUGGUUACAUUGUUCAGCUCAAAGUGGAAGUGCCUGAGAACAAGAGGCGUGUUUCAAUCGUAAAAGGAAUUGUGAUAGCAAGACGUAACGCUGGUCUUAACUCUACGUUUAAGAUUAGAAGGCUUGUGGCUGGGGUGGGAGUCGAAUCCAUGUUCCCCUUGUAUUCGCCAAACCUGAGGGAGAUUAAGGUGUUAGACAAGAAGAGAGUAAGAAGAGCCAAACUUUAUUACCUCAGGGACAAGAUGAACGCUCUCAAGAAGCAUUAGAGCAUCUUAAUAAUCACUCAUUCACAUAAACAGGGUAGUUUACUCCCUUAAACAGUGUCUUUGAGGGUUGUUUUUUUUUUUUGGUGACGAAUUGGCCUUUACGUCACAUAUUGUGAACCUGUGUAUUUGAAUAAUGAUGGAUCCUUUUAUUCCUCUUACUUGCUCCAAUAAGUCUUGGUUAGUUACUACA